AUGACGGAAAGGAAUGACGAUGAUCCAGUUCCGACAAGCACCGAACAAAUGAAAGAAAUAAUUGCCGAAGAAGUGGGAAAGGCAAUUGAGGGUAGUCUAUUCUGGUUCAUAUACAAAAUUCAAAACACGGUGUUAUCAUUAGUCGAGGAACGAGUCAAAAGGUUGGAAGAUAGUGUCAACCUUAUGAAAGAGAAAUCGGGAGAACGUAAAGGAUGUUCGUACAAAGAGUUUAUGAGAACGGGUCAGUUGAAGGUUCAAGCCAAAGAUUGGUGGGGUAACAAAAAGAAGGAGAUAGGAGCCGAAGCCGCAAGGGUCAUGACAUGGGAUGAGUUUAAGGUGCCAUUCCUUAAACAUCAUAGUCCCAAGGCAGUCAUCAACAGGAUUAAGGAAGAGUUCAUCCAGUUAAGACAGAAGGGUGAAACAAUUGAUACAAUCACGGGCAUCUUUAUGGAUAAGCUGAGAUUCUGUGACGAGUUAGUCACCACUGAAGAGCAGAAGAUAUAUUAUUAUUACAACAUGUUGAGUGCUGAAUACCGGGAGUUCAUGACUCCCUCAAAGUAUGAAACCCUCACGGAAAUUAUCAACACCGCUCGGGAGCGGGAAAUUGGGUUGAAGAAACAAAUCGAGAGGGGCGAGCGAAGGGCACAAGAUGUGAAUCCAAGCCCUACAAAGAAGGCUCGAACGGCUGAAUCGGCAAAGAAAACGGAUGCAAAGGGUGGGUCGCCAAGUUGCAAAGAAAAGUCUCAGUUUGUUAUAAAUGCUAUCAGCCUGGCCACAAAAAAGUCUGAAUGUCCAGACUUAGUUGGAAAGAGACUCACUAAAGAAUCUCCAUCAGAAGCUUUAAAGGCAAAGGCCAGGUCCUUUCAACUAACAGCGGCUGAAGCAAAAACAGAACCCGAUGUGGUCUCAGGUAUAUUCACAAUAAACUCGAUCCCUGCAUGUGUAUUAUUUGAUAUGGGUGCGAAUAAGUCCUUUAUUUCAUAUGGACUUAUUCGACAUCCUUCAUUUGUAUUGACAAAAUUAUCUAUCCCUUUAAAGGUUGAGUUAGGAGAUAACAGAAGUUUCAUAGUGUGUGAUAUUUGCCAAGAUUGUAAAUUGGGCAUUGAUGACGAGGAGUACUCAAUAGAUUUAAUCCCGAUGUCGAUGGGGGAAUUUCAAGUGGUGGUCGGGAUGGAUUGGUUAUCUCGGCACCGCGCCAAAGUCGUGUGUUUCCGUAAAGAAAUAAAGCUAACAUCUCCGAGCAGAAAACACGUCACCAUCUUUGGCGAAAAGGGGGGCAAUCCUAUAAUAUGCUCGAUGUUGAAAGCUCACAAACUCAUGAAGCAUGGAUGUAGGGCGUUUAUUAUAUACGCUAAUGAAGCCGAGAAAGAAUUACUGAAGAUUGGAGACCUACCGGUAGUACGUGACUUCGAAGAUGUGUUUCCGGAAGAUUUACCGAGGAUACCGCCUGAAUGGGAGGUAGAGUUCGGAAUCGAAUUGGUUCCAGGCGUGAAACCCGUAGCAAAAGCGCUUUACCAUGCCAGCAUCGGCAUGGCCCCGUAUGAGAUGUUGUAUGGUAGGAAAUGUAGAACCCCGGUGUGUUGGGGUGAAGUGGGUCCACGUGAACUAGCCCACAAAGAAGUUGUCCAAGCCACUAACGAGAAAAUCGAUGUGGUGCGAGCUCAUUUGAAAGCGGCCCAAGAUAGGCAAAAGUCUUAUGCCGAAAAAAGACGAAAACCGAUUGAAUUUCAGGAAGGCGACAUGGUUAUGUUAAAGGUUUCCCCAUGGAAAGGCGUGAUCCGAUUCAGGAAGAGGGGAAACUAA